UUUCAAUUUACUAGGAUCUAUAUGUACUUUGCUUUGUAUUGUAGGGGGGUUGGUCACUGUAGCUGGUUUUUUUUUUCUUUCUCAACUGCGUUUUUUGUUGUUUUUGGUGGAUGUUGAGGAGGGGCUUCGUAGAAGUGAUCUGUGUCCUGGUGUUUUGCUUUUGGGUAAUGUGCCCUGUAGACCGCAUCUGAUAAAUCCUGUAGUGUGUUCUGUUUUAUGGCUCGCUCUUUUAGAUGCGGUUAAAAGAGGUGUAUAUAUAUCAGAUAUGUGGAGACAGGAAUAAGAUCUAUGUUGCGAGGAUUAACUUCAUAAAUUAGAAAUUGAACUUUGGGCCACUUAGCGAGUCUGUGGGAGCUGUGGCUAUUUUUUAGGUAGGUUCUCUAUUUUUUGAGGAAUAUUGCUUCUUGGUGACGGGCAGUUCUGAUUAUCUAUAUUACUUGCUUGAUAUUACCUGUUAGUGGAUGCUGGUAUGAUAUUUAUUGACAUUUUGAUGCUUACAAUUUUUUUUGGUAAGCCAUCGUGAUCUGAUUGGUAAUAAGGGUUGUUAAAUGUGUGUGCAGUUGGUAAAUCCAUAAGGUCGUGGAAAAGUUUAGGCUAUGUUUCCUUAGCAGAGAUACAGUAUGCCAUAUAUGGGUUGUUUGUAGUAGGGCGUUAUAUUAUUGUCUAUGAAAGAAGUUAGGAAAUGCAUAUAUAGUUGGGUCAUAGUUAGAUUUGGAGAAUCGUUUAGGUGCUGCAAAUAUUUUGAACAAAUGAGAGUGUGUUUUACCAGUUUGUUUAAUUCAUAUGUUAGUGGCGUUAUGUUUCAUAGUUAGUAAGGCUUAUUGUGAGAGUAGGAUGUUUGGUGUGUUGUCGAAAAAAUUAAGUGAAUAGAGUGUGAUAAAGUUAGUCCUUGGUGGUUGCUUAGAAAGAAGGAUGUGAGCCGCAGUUAGUAGAGAAUGUUUAUUAGUGGCUAGGGUUUUCUGCAUUAAACUACAUUUUAUACUGUUACCAUAUUCGUUUUGUGUUGUCUGUUUUACGUUUCUUACGAGAAUUACUCUUGGUUUCUUUAAAGAGGCACUGGCGUGCACGAGAAGGUUACUAUUCUGUGUUUUUUGAGUGGUGUUCCUAUAAUACAAGAUCAUCAGAUUUUUUUAUUUGCAGUUUUUAGUUCGUUACUCUUCUGUUGUCGGUUUGUCAUAUGCAGGCUGGUAGGAUCUCAUUAUCCAAUUGAGCUUAUUAUGGAAAGGGGUCGGCGAUAUGAGUGUGACGAGAUUCAGGUCGUCACCGUGCCAGAGAUGUCUGCUAUGAACCCGCAUGUUGCAUCGGGCAAGAGAUUUUGGAGCAAGGAUUGUGAUUGAUGGUGUCCAGCCUAACAAAGGAUGGUGGUUCUUGUCAUGUGAUGAUUGUAAUUGUAAGGCGUAUGAGGAAGGAUCUGUCUAUAGGUGUAGGAGAGAAAGGUGUUCUUGCAAGAGUGCAAGCCCAAGGUUUUGUGUUCCCUGUGGUGGCGUCUGGAGACGGGGUUUCGGUAGAGAUGGUUUUCUUUGGUGAUGUGGCGCGGGAUUUAGUUGGCAGACCUGCUGAAGUCCUGGUUGCUGAGAACUGCUCACUGAUUUCUAAUGUGCCUGCAGAAAUAGCUUCUUUAACGGGGAGAAGCUAUGUUGUUGAUGUCAGUGUGUCUCGGUAUUCUUUUCGUACUGAAGAUAUCAGGUUCCAGGUUCUUAAGUUCUAUCCUCUGGGUAGUUCUGUGUUCGUUGGGCUGGAAGCUUCGCUCAUAGCUGCUAGAAAAGAACCUCAACAACUGGGUGAUUCCGGUCAAAGUUCUCCCUGCCACAAAAUAGGUUCUGGAAAUGUCGGGACUCAGGCAGUGUCUGGUGCUUCUGCUGAAGCAGUGCCUGGUGCUUCCGCUGAUGAUACAGUCUUGCGUACUCCGCCACCUCCAGCUACUGUGGAAACUCCAUCCGAGAAGCAUCCGGUUGACAUUGAGCAGUGUGAGGAUUUGGGUGGUGGUGAUUCAGGUUUUCCUCUGGGAAAUGCUUCUGAGAAGAAGUGUGUAUAACGAAGGGCUAUACAAGGCUAAGCCUGAUUCAGACAAGAUGAUAGCCUGGUUCAAAUAUGAUUUGCCAGCUAGAGAAAACCCCUUUGGGUUUAAGAUUAGGAAAACCUAUGG